AUGGAUAUCGGCUUAACGCUGCCACUCCGUGAACUCCUUUAUAACCAUGACCUCCUCGCAGAAGGAAUCCACGGCUUACCAGCACCUCUCGCUGUCGAGCAUGCAACGGACGAAGCUCGACUGCGAGAGGUCUCCACCUACGAUGGCCACCAUAGCUUGGCGCUGGCGUCCCCUAACGGAUACUAUCAGCCGGCAGGGCCGCUGAUCAAAGAAACUAGCGCAGACGCAGAGCGAGCGCUGGCUAGGUAUCAUCCCCCACCGCAUUACCAUGCCCCACAUCCGCCUGUUUUGCAACAAUACGGACCCCCUUAUUAUCCAGCGGAGCUAUGCUAUGGACGGUACUACCGACCGCCAGGACCAUACCACAUGGGACCUCCACAACCUGACGCCCAGAUGGUAAGCGUGGCAAGUGAACCCUACCCGCCACCCCAGUAUUAUGGAACGCCGCCAUGCUAUCAACAUUCACCUCAAAGGAUACCCUACGUAGAAUAUAGAGGAUGCCCGUGCCCAUUAAACGCGUGUCCAAAAAACGUCCUUAUUGGGCCCGCUACUGGUAAAGCCCCUACCGGUGGCGGCCCAGCGGACGUACCCUCCGCCAUCGCGCCGCCCGGGGGCGCCUUCCGACCGAAGGUGCGGGCGUGUGCCCUCGACUCCGCCGCCGAUACGCACGGCAGCGGGAAGGAUCCGCCUCUAGAGCCAGAACCACCGGAGCCACCCAUGGCAGCGGAUGCUCCACAUCCUUGCCCACUACCGACUAUCGGCGGUGCUUCGCCAAAGCGAGAAAUUUACGACGUGCGAGAUAAUCUCCAACUUAACGCUGAUAUUCCCGGACCGACUGAAGCUGUAGGACCUCCAUCGCCAGCCCGGGGAGCGUGCGCCCCGCAACCACCCCCGGUGGCACCUCGACGAGCUCGCCUGGGCAAAGCUAUGGCCAGGCGUUCAUUGGCAGGCGAUGAUACUGGCUUACUACUCUCGGUUCCGAAACCGCCUAUCGUUAACCACACUGAUGCUGACGACGAUGUACUGGCCUUAUCCCCUCCUAUAUGUGCGCCUAUUGAUCUUUCUUCGUCUGAUGAAAGAUCGACACCAUUAGUAGAUGUGAAAAAAGAAAACGAAGGCCCUACAUAUUUAACGUCGAGAAAAACAGAAACGCAAGCUCUUAGGGAACAUAAUAGCGGAAUAGCCUUGACAGAGUCAGUAGACGUCACGGAAUCUGCAAAAGCCGUCAAGCGGAGAUAUUCAAAACCAAAACUAGAAAUUGAAAUGAAAGAUGUAAAACUAGAUGAAGCUUGUAAAACGAAUGGAAUCGGGGAACAUGUAAAAUUACAAAAACGAAGAAAAGUUUCUGGUGAACAAACAAAUGUCAUACAAAUUGAAACUGUAACGAAAGUCCCCAAAAAGAAAGGUACAAGAAAAACCUCGAAAACGUCGCCUGCUGACAAAAAGCCUCACAAAAGGAAAUCUGAGAGAGAUUUAACACUCAAUGAACCAAAAUCGAAAAAAAUGUUUAUCGAGACGAUUAAUAACGACGAUCCGCGUCUCAUGAAUGUAGCUGCAAUGAGCGAUAAUGUUUUGUGUAUAAAGCCAAAAACUAAAAGCGCUCUACUACUUGAUAAUUUAAUUAAAAAAAAUAGCAUCGAUAGACCAGACGCUAAGGGAUAUAUACCAGAUAAAAAGCUUAAUCCUGCAGAACUUUUCCUGGCACCAAAUGAAAAUAUUUCCCAGAGCAUUGCAAAGAAAAUGACCAAUACCAAUAAUAACUGCGUAGAAAACAAUCUUCCUGUCAAUGGCAUGAGAUCUAAAACUAUUGCGCCAGUCAGUCAUAUCGUUGAAAAAAAAUUACCUUCUAGAAAUUCUUGUAAAAUUGACACGGUAGAUUCAAAGGUUACACACAAGUCAGUAUUAUCAACUCCCACCGCAGCGUUAAAUAUAAAGGAGGACCAAAAUAAUGAAGUACUAAUGAAAAGUGAAUCAAAUGUAGAAAAACCUAUUUCCGAUUGUGGUCUACAAUUUGAUACAAAGAAAAACGCUGAUAUCAAGGAUAAAUCUGAACAUAAAGAUAGUACGCAAAUUACCAACGUCAUUGAAAGCAAUGUUUUAUUCAAUGGUACGAAAUCGACCAAGUCAUCAAAAUGUUCAAAACCCAAAAUUAUUACUAAUAAAUCGGAGUCUAUUUCAAAAUCAUUAAACACCGAUAACAUUAAUGAAUCUCAACAAUCAGAGAAAAAUUCAGACGAAAGUCUAAUAAUUGAUUCCCUGAACUCCAGUGAAAGGUCGGUGGACAAUGUGAUUUUAGAUAAAUCUUUGUCCAAAAGAUGUAAAAUAGGAAUAGACAAGUCUAACGGUGAAUAUAAAUGCAAAAACGUUGAAACUUUAGUUAAAUUGCUAGCUUCAAAAAAACAAGCGACAAAACAUAAUGAAUCUGAAUCUAAAGUAAAAGAUGUGCAACAAAUUGAAAUUGAAGUUGAAAAAGAAAACACUUCAAGUAAACGUUCAAAAUUAACCAGUGAGAAAGUUAUCGGAGAAAGCAAAAGUGAAAAGGUGGUGAAAUUACUGGUAUCAAAAAAGACCGUUUUUAAGACGGAUGAAGCUUCGUUAGUCGUAGAAGACGCUUGUUCCUCACCAGUUCCUAGUUUGAGAAAGACUAGAAGAAGAAGGAGCGGCGGGCGACGUGUGCGGCGAGCGGCGGCUCCGCUGGCGCCUCCGGACCUGCAGCCGCGAGCGCCGCCGCGCUGGAGCAACGGGUGGAACUGGGACGGCGAACAUUACGUAUCUAAGGUUUAUUUAAACAACGACUCCCGGCUGGACCGCACGGCGCGCUGCUGGGCGCGCAUGUCGCACUCCAGCGGCGACCGCGUGGCGCGCGGCGACUGCGUGCUGCUGCGGGCCUCGCAGGCGCGCGCGCAGCCCUUCGUCGCCAGGGUGGCCAGCCUGUGGGAGAACCCCGACGACGGUGACUACCCGCUUGUUCUGUCCGUAUAUCUGCUUCACAGCAGGCACCGCAGCAAUACCCUGCUCAAAACUGCUAUGUCGACCUUACAGAAGAUCAUAGCUAAGUAA